AUGGCUUCCCAAGUCUCAGCGCCGCUCCUACGACAAAGCAACGACGGCGACAACUUGGCGACAGAAAUCCAAGCACAGGAGAGUCGGUCCAAGGAAGCACACUCUGAGCCUGCGAAAGCACCACCACCUGACGGACCUCCACAAAGACUCGAUGGAGCAAUCGCCGACAUACUCUGGGCUCUUAUGUGCCUCAGCCUCCCCAUGCUUGUGUUGACAGCCAUCUUCGUUGGCCUUGUGUAUGGCUAUGAGGUUUCCAGCGACCCGGAGAUUUCUGAAAACUUGCUAGGAGUCUCGACCGUGCGAAACAGAUCGGCCUACUACGUUGAUUUCAGUGCUACGCGACUGAUCACGGUUUCGUCCUGGACAAGCACUGUCACGUCGCUCACGUCGGCGUUCGUCAUGGUUCUGACCUCCUAUCCACUUGCGAAGGAUUAUAUCAGGAGAUCUAAUUUGGGGGAGGUCGAGUCUCUCCCUACGGUCUAUCAGCUCAAGCUGAUCAUAGGUCUACUUGGAGGAGGGUUCGGACCGCUAUGGUCAUGGUUGCAGUACUGUUUCUGGAAGCGGCGAAACAAGCAGACCAAGCUCUUGUGGAUGACCGUCGUGAGUCUAUUGGCCGCAACUGUUUUGAGCAUCGCCCUCGUCGCGGUCGAUACAUGGCUCCAUUUCACCACGUCGACAGUGAACCUGGACACGCUCUCACCACCCGUUUCUACACCUGUUGCAAGCUACGGUCGUGGCCUCGUGCCCCUGUGCUAUAACCAAACUUGGACGCCCGGGGACAUCAACCAGUGCAUAGGCGGCUUGCAACUACCGGAGUCAAUACACUUUGACAGCGCUUCCGAGGCGACUCGUACCUCGAUGAAUCUUUCCACAAUCAACAGCGUCAUGACUAGUACAGUGGAUGACAAGCACUUCGCCUUCCUCACUUCGGCACAACGCGAUCCCAACCUCGAUUUCCGGGCUCGGACGUACGCCAUGAGCACCACAUGUUCUCCAGCCAGCCAAGCUUGCCACCUCCAGCAGAUCGAGUGGUGCAUGUACGACAACGGCUGUGCCCUGGGAGAAGUCCAGAUGACUUUGGGCAUGACUUACAACUGCAGUCCCAGUCUCUACGGGGACCUCAACAACAACACCGGCUUCACCUUCGCGGCCGGCAACGGCAGCUCGUACGGGACAAACAGCAACAUCGGCUUCUUUCUGCAGAUGUUCAGAAAGCAAGGCUUUGCAGACCCGAUCGGGACUGUCGAUGGACAGCUGGCGACCCCCAACCCAUUCUUCUUCGCAGCCGGUGCUCGUGUGGCCGCCUCUGACGCUCUCUCUCUGGAUCCCGAAGCCGUCGAGGACGACGACCAGUACAACUACGCCUUUAUCUUUCAAUGCACCUCUGCCGUCUACGAGCUCGAGUACGCAUCCAUCGCCGGCAAUGUCGUCGGGGAUGCCAGCAAUUACACCAUGGCCAACGAGACCCUAUCAAACAAUGUCGGCUGGGCGCUUCUCGAGAGCCGCGCACUGGUGCAGAACUCGCUCGAGUCCGCUUUCUUCAGCGGCGCCCAACAGGUCAACACGUCCCAGGCAUUUGCAGAUUACUUCGCCAGUCAGUUCAGCAGGGCCGCGCUGAGCAUGAUCGCGGGAAUCACGGCCGGGAGACUGAACGUCGCCGAGCAGACGAGGCAAAGCCGACUGGUGGCGCGGCUCCCCAAAGCCCCCUUUUUCACCUUGGUGAGCUUGAACCUCCUCUACGCUCUGCUCGGCAUUGUGCUUGCCGCCAUGGCUGUGGCGAGUCAACCGGGAAAGACGCGCAAUAUGCAAGCACGCCUAAGCAUUGCAGGAUUGGUAGCUGCCUUGUUAGAGCCGAAUGGCGUAAGGCGUCGUGGUGCAUCUCGCCUCGCCAAAGGAAGCAACAACGGCGGGAUUGAAAGUGUCUUUGCCGAGUACCACGACAAAGACGAUAGCAGCGGUCGAGUCAUUCUGGUCGAUUCCGGCACUGGAAAUUGCGUCUUUGAAAAGGUCUCGUCGCACAGUGCCCUUGCCAUGGUUGAUGCAGUCCAUGCAGUUGGCGUUGAUGCCCACCCCUGCGGCCACCUGCAUGCUGAGGAUGCAGCCAGCUGGUCGUCGCCCGCCCAAGAAGGUGGUUCUCAAGGCAUGCUGCAUGACGGUGCCGUCCCUCCUUCGGCUAGAGAAGUAGUGGAAGAUCCCCAGACUACAAACAUGGUACGCAGUGCGGACCGUGCGGACAGUGUAUGA